GCCGUCCACUCAAACCAAUGACAGAAUCGUACAGGCGGGCUAGUGGCUAACAAGUUAACAUAAUAUCGGUGGUCAGUAGACAGUAGAAAGCAAACCAUUAACUCGGGAUAAUUUUUAACUACCGAAAGUUUUAUAUGGGACCUAUAUGACGCCACUGGGCUGAGGAGGACGCGAGCCAUUGCAGCGGAAGCACUAAACACCACGUAAUAAACAUUAAAACGUCGUUGGCUAACAGAUAGCAGACAGACAAUCGUCCCUGAGGACUGCCUCAAUAUUUACACCCAGCGUUGUCCUUCUGUGAGCCAGUCACACAGCCUACCGGGACACCCCCAGCGAAGCAAAGAUAUGCAGUCGUCAGGGCAGCGCUGACAGGCCUGACUCUGGUUAAACACAACCAUGGAGUCCUCCUCUGAGUCCCAGCAGGAGCCUGAGAAAACUUUGCACCAUGCAGAGUUGAGAGAGCACCAUGCCACCUCCGCUGCUGUAGUGUGCGGGGAUGACACCGUCCUUCUGACCCCAGGCAGGAUGAGCCAGCGCCAGGUGAAGGAGCGGGACAAGGAAAGGGAAAGGGAGAGGGAGAAGGAGGCAGGCCUCCAAACACCCAACAGGGAGCAUGUUGCCACCCCCUCUAGCCUCAGCCCGGGGGUCAGCUACAGCCAUGGUUUCGAGAGAGGGAAGGAGGACCUCUUGCCUCUGCCUUUGAAAGAGGACUCACAUUCCAUAUCUAAGAGCAAGUCUGAAACAAAGCUGUACAAUGGCUCAGACAAGGAUGUGUCAGCAUCCGGAGGAAAGCUCACCAAGAAGGAGUCCCUUAAGGUGCAGAAGAAAAACUACAGGGAAGAAAAGAAGAGGGCGACCAAGGAGCUGCUCAGCACCAUCACGGAUCCCUCGGUCAUCGUCAUGGCCGACUGGCUGAAGAUCCGUGGCACUCUGAAGAGCUGGACCAAGCUGUGGUGUGUGCUGAAACCAGGCGUCCUGCUCAUCUAUAAAACCCACAAAAACGGCCAGUGGGUGGGAACGGUGCUGCUCAAUGCCUGCGAGCUCAUCGAGAGGCCGUCGAAGAAGGACGGCUUCUGCUUCAAGCUCUUCCACCCGCUGGAGCAGUCCAUCUGGGCUGUCAAGGGUCCAAAAGGAGAGGCAGUGGGCUCCAUCACUCAGCCAUUACCCAGCAGCCACCUCAUCUUCCGUGCUGCCUCUGAGUCUGAUGGUCGAUGCUGGAUGGAUGCCUUAGAGCUGGCCCUGAAGUGCUCCAGCCUGCUGAAGAGGACCAUGAUUCGCGAGGGGAAAGAUGACAUGAGCACAGUAGCCACUGGUGGAGAACACUCCAUAAAUUUUUACAGCCUCCUCAGAGCCCACAACAUCCACGGAUUCCAGUUCAAUGACAGUGACCAUUUGAAAGACCCAGACCUGUACUCAGACAAGUCAGAUCGGGAGGGGGAACAGGACCAUGAGGAGUCCGACCCAGAAGGCCUGGAGAAGAGCGAGGAGAGCGACAGCGACACGUCAGAGCGGCAGGACGACUCGUACAUCGACCUGGACCCCAAUGAACAUCUGCGGGAAACCCCGUACCUGGAGCAGUCCCAUGAGGAACUGGGAGAGGCUGGCGAGGCUGCCCAGACAGAGACAGUAUCAGAAGAGAAUAAAUCUCUGAUCUGGACUCUGCUGAAGCAGGUGCGUCCUGGCAUGGAUCUGUCCAAAGUGGUGCUGCCCACCUUCAUCCUGGAGCAAAGAUCCUUUCUGGACAAACUCUCUGACUACUACUACCACGCAGACUUCCUGUCAGAAGCUGCGAUAGAAGAGAACGCCUACAACCGGAUGAAGAAGGUGGUGAAGUGGUACAUCUCUGGAUUUUACAAAAAGCCAAAGGGGUUAAAGAAGCCUUAUAACCCCAUUAUUGGAGAAACGUACCGCUGCAUGUGGCUCCACCAGAAGACCAACAGCAAGACUUUCUACAUCGCAGAACAGGUUUCCCAUCAUCCUCCUGUGUCAGCCUUCUAUGUCAGCAACAGGAAGGAUGGAUUCUGCCUCAGUGGCAGCAUCCUCGCUAAGUCCAAGUUCUACGGAAACUCCCUGUCGGCCAUAUUAGACGGGGAGGGUCGGCUCACUUUCCUCAACAGAGGAGAGGACUAUGUGAUGAACAUGCCGUACGCUCACUGUAAAGGCAUCCUGUAUGGCACCAUGACCCUGGAGCUGGGCGGUCAGAUCACCAUUGUGUGUGAGAAAACAGGUUACAGUGCUCAGCUGGAGUUCAAGCUGAAGCCAUUCCUGGGCAGCAGUGACAGCGUCAAUCAGAUCUCUGGGAAGAUCAAGCUGGGAAAGGAAGUGUUAGCUACACUAGAAGGACACUGGGACAGUGAAAUCUUCAUCAACGACAAGAAGACGGGGACAGUGGAUACUUUCUGGAACCCGACGACAGAGCUGCGGCAGAGUCGACUGACCCGCUGCACCGUCCCACCAGAGGAGCAAGGAGAGUAUGAAUCAGAGAGACUGUGGCAGCAUGUGACCCGGGCCAUCAACAACAAGGACCAGACCGAAGCCACCAAUGAGAAGUUCAUCCUGGAGGAAGCUCAGAGGAAGUCCGCCCGGGAACGGAAAGCCAAGUGUGAGGACUGGAUCCCAGCCCUGUUCGAGCAGGACCCUAUCACCGGAGAGUGGCAUUACAGAUAUGCCGACACGAGGCCAUGGGAUCCGCUCAACGACUUGAUCCAGUUUGAGAAAGACGGCUGUAUCCAGACCAAGGUCCGACACCGCACCCCUAUGGUACGUUCUGGCAGUCUUAUUAGUCUGAGUAACCAGGGGCCGCGGAGGGACAAUUGCAAGUGCCAGGUGACGGUGCCAAAGAGGAAACACAAGAGCGACAAGCCCAAGAGCCCAGAGAGCGGCUGCUCUUCACCCGAACCCGACCGCCAAGACUCGUCUGGCAGCGAACGACACAAAAGCAAGCAUAACAGUCGGCUGAGGAAAAAAGGAGCAGACCUCAGUGAACUUCAAAGUGCCAUUGAAUCUAUAAAGCAGACGCAGGAGGACAUUAACAGGAACAUCAGCGUGCUGCGGAGUCGUGCGGCAGGCCGGGUGGAGGGAGGCUCUUUCCUCCAACAGCGUGACUACGUCAUCAUUGUUUUCCUCAUCCUCCUUCAGGUCCUGAUUAACUAUGUCUUCAAGUAGCAGCCAUACCCCACAGAGAGAGAGAGUGAUGCCCUCACACACACACACACACACACACACACACACACACACACACACACACACACACACACACACACACACACACACACACACACACAUAUACACAUUCAUGCAGUCUCUGAAUAUUAGGCAUCACAGUGGGGGGACUUAGAGACGUGAACUCUCAUAUCUCUCUUCUUCUCUGUCUUUAUUAAAUCUAACCACACACGUCCAGAAAAGCGGAGACUUCCACACAAGAGGAGACUUUUUUUUAAAACUUUUAUUUUUAACCAGUCCAUUCCAAAAACUCUGGGGAGAUCCACAGAUUUCAAAGCGAAGAGGAGCGGCGAUAAGGAGAAGUAGUUUGUGUGAUGAAGUCUCAACUGCCACUCUGGAGCUUAUUGAUUUGCCUUGAUUCAAGAGGCAAAGACAGCAGCCAUUUUUUAGCUGUUGUUUGUUUUUUUUUGUUGGAGUGAAACUACUCUGUGAUUCACAUUUCACCUCAAACAACAGGGAACCUUUUCACAUGGAGACGAGUACCACGUCUCAGAUGGUAAAAGAUAAAUAACAGAAAAUAACCUUUAAUUUUCAUGUUUUUUUUUAACUGUUUUGUUUCUUUGCUUGGUGUGUCCUUUGUGAAAGGGGUCUGCUUGGAACAAAAAGCGAUGAUAAGGGAGAGAAAAACGAAGUGGUCCAAUCUAUGUGACUUUUAUUUUUUUAUUAUCAGAUACUUUGAUAUCGGCUGGGGUUCACGGACGAGGAAGACGAGUAACACAAGUGAUAUUGUCAAAAGGAACAGAAGCUAUAAUUCCUGCUGUAUAAUAAAACUUCACCUUUUGCAUACAAAGUCAAUGUUGAAAGAAAAAAAUCAGAUGUUUGACACAGCGUCAUUGUAUACUGUAGGUAGCAUGUACAGACAGAGGAGCGUGGUUAGGACGUUAGCCCUAUGUACAGUAUUUUGUCUUAAGGCACAAAUGCACUGAAAUCGUCACUUAGUUGUGUUAAUAUAAUUUUUUAUUAUUCGUUCAACUUGAGUGGACAUAAGAAUAUUUUUGUGCUCUGAGGAGGUCUGGAGCCUCAAGAGGGGGUCAAAAAGUAUGAUUUUUAGGACUUUCCAUGAGCUUGAGUGGCCCUAGUUUCAGGUAAAGGGAGUUUAUAUGUUUUAAUCAAUGUCAGUAAAGUGAGGUAGUCUAGAAUCUGCCUUAUUUGACCUUAAGGCAACUAAAAAAGAAGCUUGUUUACUUUAUUGCUGAGAGUCAGAUGAGAAGAUCAAUACCACACUCGUAUAUGUCCAUUCAAUUCAACAAACAGCCAGGUAGCUUAGCUUAGCUUAGCAUAAAGACUUGAAACAAGCUAGCUAGCUAGCUUGGCUCUAUCUAAAGAUAAUAAAGCUCAAUAUUCUAAUGUAAGGGAUCAGUAGACUCAUCCUUCACGGUCCUGCAUCAGUUUGCUGGAGAGUAUUUUGCAAUAAUGACCCGCUCACUGUACAUUACCCUGCUUAUUUCAUGGCUGCCUACAAAAGAAAUCAAUAAUUUGACGCAAAAAUAUUGAUUUACAAAUUAUUUUCUUGCUUCAGCUAAAAAAUAGUCCAUUAGAUUCUCCGGUUGACCAGAAUUGCCAUUCAGAAAUAACAGGCCUUAGAGUGAUGCAAUUGACCAAUCACGAUGGAGUAUUGAUAAGAGCCAUGUAAUACAUGUUGUUGGGUUAAUCUGUACAAAACUACAGUAUAAAGACAACACAUAGUGGUUUUACAGAAGGUUUUGAGUUGGGCUUCGUCUUGUCAUGAGGUUGCAGAGACUUCAGGGAAGUUACUGUUACCUGGCUAAGUCUUUGUCAUUUUGAAACUUUUUACACUUUUUUGUACAAAUUUAAUAAAUUAAAUAAAAUAUGUUUAUUUGAGAGCUGGAGAGGUGCUGGCAGGGGUAAGCUAAGUGCUAUCAUUAGCUUUAUAUUAACUGUAAAGACAGAGUGGUGUCAAUCUUCUCAUCCAACUUAUGGUGAAUUAUUUAAAUACCAAAUUUAUACUGACAAGAUCCAUAAAGUUUAGCUGAUCUGAAGAAUGGUUUCCAAAUAUAUAAACAGACUCCAGACCGAGCCAUGGAAGAGAAAACCUCUAACACUCCCUGAGCUGCUGACUGCAGCGUCGUCAUUUCACCAUCAAUAAUUUCUUUCAGUGCUUUUGCGCCUCAGAUGUUAACCAGGAAAACUAGAAUAGUCACUUUAGUAAGCUACUAGUGGGAGGAGGAGAUAGACUUUUUCUAAUUACUACUAUCACCACAGUAAACCAUUCCAAAUGUACGCAAGUACCAGCCAAACUCGGUGUGUAGAAUAGGAGUCGGGCCCGUUCACUGUGUAAAUAUCCGACGGGACGACUUGUUCCUCGCGAGUAGCGCGCAGCGUUUUAACACCAAGGUUCACAAUACAGACACCUGCUCUGUGCACAAGCCAGUCUCUUCAACCUUGUGUGUCUUUCUGUCCACUGCUCUGUAGAUACACAUAGACAAGGGCAAAAAAUAAACAAAUUGUGGGGGACACAGUUAGAUUCCAAUGCAAAUUUAUCCAAAUGGCCUCAAGACAUUAAGUUUUUGGACAUUUUUGAGGAAACAUGGUUCUCAUUUGUUGCCUUCCUCUUUGGAAACGUGAAUUUUAGCAUUUUAAAGUCUCAGAAAUAAAUGGCGGGCAUAAUACACUGGAAAUGCACAGGCUUAUUAGGACUAUGGCUUAUGAGGCCUGACUGAGUAAAGGGCUGUGUUUAGCACUCACAUUGGGUUGAGUGGCAAUAUUGUAUGAAUACAUGGACGACAAGUAAUUGCUUUUAGUCCACUAGAUGGUGCUGAGUUGAGAUGUUUUAUUUAAUUCCAAUGUAAUAAUUUACUUUUUAUUAAUUCCCCGGUUGCUUUGUUCUACCUGUACAGUAAUUAAUCAGGAUAUAUCGCAAGUUCUGUUAUCGUAAUACACAGCACAAUACAAAAUGGUAUUAAGUAUUGUGAUAAUAUCGUAUCGUGACCCCUCCUAUCACACAGGGAUAUCGUUUGCGUUAAAGAGUCAAAUGGCUGAAGAUAGAUCACAGCACUGUUAUUUAACUGCCGGGAGUUUGAACAAACCACUCUCUGCUAUGAAUCUUUUUACUGUUAGUUAAAAGUCAAAACAGUGUUUUUUAAAAUCGCUACAGUAUCACAAAUCAUAAAAUCGCGAUAUCUCAAGUGUAUCGAUAUUUUCUAAGUUUAAAACCAAGGAUGAAGGCAGCAUAUUAGAAUCCAUACUUGACCUUUUAACGCGUCAGGAUUUUCUCCUAAUAAAUAACUACUAAUUUAAAAAGAUCCAGACCACUUAUGGACCGUAUCUGAACAUUGAUUUUGUAUCUCUUGGCCUGUCAUGACGUUAGCCUUGUCGACGUUUACAUAUCCGAUUGCCUCCGCCGUCAGCAGACUGUUGAGCGAUGAAAACUUUGUAAUGCUAACACAGGUAUAAAGAAGAACUGGUAGCAUCGUCGGGAGCCAGCUGUACCCCUGCAAGUUACCCGGCUGGCCCGUGUGUAUCUGUACGUGUAUUUUUGUGUAUCCUCAUUGCCUCGAUCGCUCAUCUUAAAUAGAGAUUCCAGAUGUUAGAAUGUGGAGAAAUAACCAGUGCCUUCUAGAGUCGGACUGGGGAGGGGGUAGAUGGGGGGUGUAGCGGUGGUGAUAGGAGGUGGGGGGGGUGUCGGGGGGGUGGUGUGGAGCACAAACAGUGAACUAACAAAGAUGGGUUAAAUCAUUGGUGGGGGGGACUCGGACUCGGGCUGUAGUCACUAUAGUGUUUUAGAGCGGACGUGCCAUACGAAGCCUUAGUCGGCUCCAAAGCUCGCCACCCCACCCAGCUCCCGCCCCCCCCUCCUGCAGCGUCGCCAUAGUAACUCACCCCGUAGGUUUCCGGAUGCUGAUUCCUGCCACAGGAGAGAGAGAGAGAGGGAGGAGAAGAGACCCCUCCUUGCCCCUCUCUCGCUCUCUCACCACACCAAAUUCAGAGGGAAAUAAACAUCUCUGCUGUCUGUUGUUGUUGUUGCUGUAUCUGUAAAAUAAGACGUUUAUUUAUUCCUCUUUUGUAUGUGGGUUUAUGUUCACUUUUUUUCUGCUUGUAGCAUUAGAUCAAUGUUCUCUUUUCGUGUAUUUCAAUGCUGAUUUUACACACAGUUGGUUUUAUCCCACUCCUCGUUUUACUUGACGUCACACACAAGCGACUGUUCUCAACUUGUGCACACUGUCAAUGUCAACUGCCCCCCAAUCCCCCUAACCCCCCCACACACACCUAACCCUUUUCCUAUCUGAG